GGCGGGGGUGUCCGUGCCCAGGCUCUGGAUUGGGAGUAGGGCAGGAGCCGGGCCGGGCCGGCGGCGUGUGCAGCGCUGCACGAAAAUGCACUCGGAUGCCGCCGCUGUCAAUUUUCAACUGAAUUCUCAUCUAUCAACACUGGCAAAUAUUCACAAGAUUUACCACACCCUCAAUAGGCUGAAUCUGACAGAGGACGUUGGUCAAGACGAUCACCAGACAGGAGAGAGCCUUUCAAAGAUUCGAAGAAUAGGAAGUCUUCGGUCUUGCAGUUCAUCAGACUGCUUUAGUAAAGUGAUGCCUCCAAGGAAAAAGAGGAGACCUGCAGCAGGAGAUGAUUUAUCUGCUAAGAAAAGUAGACAUGAUGGCCUUUAUGAGGCCAAGCUACUGAAGAGUGGUGGAAAUGGAUCACAGAAUGCAUGUGCAUCAGUGGAUAAGUUGACUGAGUCUCUUUCCUCUAGGAGGCACAAAUUAUAUUGUCCCUGUUUCACAAGUAUGUAUAGAAAAUACGAUUCAACUAGAAUAAAAGCAGAGGAAGAAGAAGUCUUUUCAAGUAAGAGAUGCUUAGAAUGGUUCUAUGAAUAUGCAGGCACAGAUGACAUUGUAGGGCCAGAAGGUAUGGAGAAAUUUUGUGAAGACAUUGGAGUUGAACCAGAAAAUGUAGUUAUGCUUGUGCUAGCAUGGAAGUUGGAUGCACAAAACAUGGGCUACUUUACAUUACAAGAAUGGUUAAAAGGAAUGACAUCACUACAGUGUGAUACUACAGAAAAAUUGAGGAAUUCUCUGGAUUACUUGAGAUCUUUAUUAAAUGAGCCUGCCAAUUUUAAACUUAUUUAUAGAUAUGCCUUUGACUUUGCACGGGAAAAGGACCAGCGCAGCCUAGAUAUCAAUACUGCCAAGUGCAUGUUGGGCCUUCUUUUAGGAAAAGCGUGGUCCCUUUUUCCAGUAUUUCAUCAGUUUCUAGAGCAAUCAAAAUACAAAGUUAUCAAUAAGGACCAAUGGUGUAAUGUUCUUGAAUUCAGCAGAACAAUUAACCUUGACCUCAGUAACUAUGAUGAAGAUGGAGCCUGGCCAGUAUUGUUGGAUGAGUUUGUGGAAUGGUAUAAAGGAAAACAGAUGACAUAGGAGUUUUAACUAUGCACAGCCACUCAAGAGUCACUGUUACCACAGUUAUGUCAACCAUUAGCCAUAAACUGCUAUUUGUAUCAAAGUGCAUGCUGCUUUUCUUGCACUGCAUCCCUUUGGCAGGGAACUUUCGAUGUUUGCUAUUUAACAAGCUAGCUAUGCUUGCUGUUUAGCAUUGUUCUCUUUGAAGGCUGCUUUGCAUUUUGUAUUUACACUACGAAUUGGUGAACUUGCCAGAGUCUUCACUGUGAUUAUGUGUAUAUUGCUGUCUAAAUUUUGUAUAUGUGUAUAAAAAAAGGCUUCACCUAGGAAUUAUUUCUGCAGAAAUGUAUUGUAAAAAUAAUCUCGUGGCAUAUUUCUAAUCAUCACUUACAUGUCUGUUGAAACUUUGGUUAUUUUUUCUUUUUGUCUCAAAUGUAGCAUUUCAGCCUUUCUGGACAUAGUUAUGUGAAGAACUAUUUACAGUUUCAAUGUUACUUUUGAGAUGCCAAUUUCUGAGAAGACAUGCUGUGAUUUCCUUCACCAGAACUCGCCAAACCUGACCUAAUGCUUUAUAGGAAUGAAACACUGGUGUCUUAAAAAUAUAUAUACAUAUAAAUAUUUAAAUGCUGUAAUAGUUGUACAUGCCACAGAUGAUUUCCAUUCAAAGAAAGAAGUACUGACUUUUUAAUGUUAAAACUGCAGUAGUCAUUACAGGUACAAAUGAACAAAUUAAAAUACCUUUUAAAAAUGGGUUUUAGACUUUUUUAAAUUGCCUUUGGCAUACUCCUUUUAAUUUUUGUUGUACCAAGAAUGUUUGAUCUAUGUUGUGAUCUAGUGACCCAAUGACAUUGAAAGUUCUAGCUGAAAUUAGUGGUUUGAGGAAUGAACUGUGUUAACCCCUAGCACAGACAUAAUAAAGGUUUUGGGGUUUUUUUGUUUGUAACACUAGUCUUUCCAAGGGCCUCCAGCUUCAUGUUUCUAAGUACUGAAAAAUAUUAUAUUGGAAAAAACACGAUAUUGAAUAGUCAAAGUAGUACUUUUUCUUUCCUGUUGGGGAUUAAAGUUUCCUGGCAGAAUGUCCAUUGCAGGCAACGGGCAUGGAAGACACCAGCAUUAAAUGACAGUACUUUUUAAUAGGGACCACUUCCUGUUUUGCUCAUCUCUUUAUCUGUAUGGGAUGGUUCUAGUGAUUAUUUUGGGAAAAAAUGAGUGAAUGGAAUAAUGCUGAAGUUCUGUAAUUUUGUCAUGUUGUCUUUGCCUUACCCUUCUUUAUUAAGUAAUGUUAGAGUUGCUAUUUAUAAAUAGGUCCUUAAAGUAUCCGGUGCUAUUAAACUUUGAUCCCCAAGGAUUUAUUGAGAUGUUAUCAAUUCAUGGAGCAUUUAAUGACAAAGGGCCAGUGGGUAUUUUGGAACAACAAAUAACAUUAUUUUUCUGUAGAAAUAUUUUACGAGGUAUUGGCAGUUUUGUUACUUCCCUAGAAUGUGAUCCAGAGCAACAGGAGUAAAAAGUUUUAUGUUGAAAAUUUUCUGUGAUGAAGGGUCUAUCCUUGCCAUCAAGUUAGGAACAGCUGCCAUUGACUUGACUCCUUUCAGGAUUAAGCCUAGUUUAGCAAAAGCACAUUAGUUUGCUGCCCUGGGCCAGGAGGUUGUAAUUGUGGUGCUACAAGUGGUCAGUUGUGUUCAGAUCUGUUUGUUGUUGUUGGUUUUUGUUUUUCAAGCUCAGCUGCCAAAGACAAAAACUGUGUGUCUGUUUGUGUAUAUUUGUAUAUGCGUAAAUAUACAAUAUACAUGCAUAUACAAAACAUAGAAUUCCAUGAUGCUAAGAAGAAAAUACUACCUGUCCUGUGAAAUAGCUACAUUUGGGUUUCUGUAACACUAAAUAGCGCUUUAUAAAAUUAGUAGUGGUAAAACUUACACAAUCAGUGCUUUCUCAUGUACUACUGCACAUAACCUUAAUUCCAUGUUUGAUGCCAGUUUGCACAAGAAAUUAAUUGAGUGGAGUGUGAUAUUUAAUGUUUACAAUAAGCCUCUUAAGAAAACACACCUUUUAUUAAGACUUCUGAUGUAAAUGUGUAUAUUACAAUAGUAUUACUGUAAUGAAAUACCAGUGGAGCUGCUGGUUUAGUUCUUCAAAGAAUGAACUUAGAAGCAAUAUAACUUUUAACAUUAGGCCAAAUUGUGAUUGCCAAGAUUUUAAGUGAAAUAGGUGUAGUUGUUCUUGAAACAUUAAGCUAGCUGUUGCCUCUAGGAAACUGUUCAGCACAAAUUGGUGUGAAUCCUGCAACAAAUACAAGUUUGUAUAAAAGGUUUUAUAUGUCACAAAUAACUGAGUUUCCAAUAAUGGAAGCAAGAGCCAAAGACACUUUUAAUCUAUUACUGUUACAGGUAUAGCUUUCAUACAACAGGGUUGACAGAAAUCGGUUCAGCCAGGUCUUGGCAGUUUUGCAAAUGUUUAUCAGAAUAAAAAAAUUAAUUAAAAGCAAAGAAAUGGGGAAAGAAACCUCAGAAAGUACUUGGCAGUGUAAGCAAACAAACUUGUUCUUUCAAGUUUGAACUUUUUGGGUAAAAGUAAUCCAGAGUGGUGGAAAGGAAGAAUGCAUUUGGAAAUGAAUGAGAUACUGCAAAUUUUUUAUUCCAUAUGAAACAGUAUGAAUCUGUAGCCAUCAGCAGGUUUAUAAACAUGCAUCUUCCUAAAGUAAACCACAGAUUCAAUUACAGCUAGUAGAGACGGCUUUAUUGACAUUUAUAGUGAACAAAUGGACUAAAACGGACCUGUGUGAUUUGAUGAGCUUCCCUGUGCUAUCCAUCCUGCUGGUUUUGCUAUAUAUGCUGAUAAGCAGGAGAUCCUAACAUUGCCUGCUCCUGUAUAUUGGAGAAACUUUUAAUAGUUGUGGAAACUUAACUAACCUCCUCAGUUAAUCUUGUAUUUAGUACAAGUGUGGCAUUUGCCUUUUUUGUUUAUUAUGCCAUUAAAUAGCUGAUGUAGAUUUCUUUUUUGUUUGAUUGUGGGCUCCCCACCCUUAUGAGAAGUAAUAUACAAAAUAUGCUGUUUCGUGGGACAAGACACUGAGAAGUCAUUCCUGAAAAAGUGUCAUGGUUCUUGUGCUAAUGUUUCUGGUGUACUGUUUUUGAACUUCUAGCAGAAACUUGAUGAUUGAUUCAUGUUUGGUAUUUGGGAGAUAUAAAUUGGAAAGACAGUUAGUGAAAGGAAAACAGUGCCCAGACUAUAGCAGUUGAUGUUCUUUGAUAGAUGACAAAAAUUUGGAGCUUUUUGGACUUAAUAGUCUUAAGGAUCUUUUCAACCUAAAUUAAUAUUCUAUUAAUAUUAGUAACCAAAACAGUCCAUGAAUUAAAUUUCCUUCUAAAGCAAAGUGAUACUAAGUAUUUAAAGUAUUCAUAUAAUUCUCCAUUACUGGUUUUUCUUCACUUUUUACCUUUUCCAAAGAAAGCAAGGUGAAGAAUAUAGAAAUUACUGAAAUUAUUUAUGUACUUGAGUUUUCAGUUAAAACCUCUUUAAGGUUGUCUUUAAGCUACAAUAAAUACUUAGGUUGUCUUUGUAUAGCCAUUUCUAAUUCUGUUGAGGCUUCUCCCAUUUAACUAAAAACACGUGUAUUUCAUCAGAAAUAUGCUCACAAUUAGUUACAGCUUAUUGCUGUUGGUUAAUGUUCCCAAGUUACUAUGAAGGACAAGAAAUGGACUUCACUUGUGUUAAGGUUUUCCCAGAUUUGUUGACCCUUAGUCAUAAGUCUAACAAAUUAUUUGAUACUCUUGGAUUUUAUAUAGGCAGCUUUAAAGGUUAGCUUGUGCCCUGGUUUUAUUUAUAGCUGCUAACACACCUCUUUCUAGGCCUUAUAUUUUGUCUUUUCAUAUUGUUCUAACAGUAUAUAGAAUCCAUCCACAAACUGAAUAGUUUGUUUUCUGUAAAUGAGACCAAAAUUCAGCUUUUUUUUUUUUUUGUUUACAUGCUUUUAUUUUUGAAAUCCUUGCUUGCUCCCCCACUGUGUGUGUGUGUGCAUGUGUAUGUGUGUCAAAAUAGCACCGAUUGACACUGCUGUUGCAGGAACAGCAGUUAACCUGUAACUGUGAAUGCUUUAUGUCUUAGUUAUUUGGCUAUUACAUAAAUAAGGUGUGCUAAACUCCUGUGACUCACAAUAUGAUGAAAAUACUAUUAUGCCACCUAACAUGAGUUAAUUAAGUUGAUUUUUUUUUUUAGGUCUUUUCAUGGUGUUGUUGUAAAAUGGCAUCCCACAAAUAAACAGUAUUUGUGUUGGUUUCAGAAACUGACUUCAGAUUUUUCUGUGAUUCAUGCUUCAGAAAUUCUCAUAUCUGAACAUAUAUCAGCAGGCAGCCUUUAUCAAUUAUUAGCAGGGAAUUUGUGUGUAGGAUCUUGUACCCCUUGUUUCUAAUAGUAGAGCAAAUCAGUAUUUAAAACUGUUGGGAACAGGUACUUGAUCCAAAAAGGCUAUGGUUCAAAUGGAGUGUGCCAGUGUAAAACAGUACUGUAGUACAAAAGUUUUCUACAGUAAGCCAAUUUAAGCAGAAAUGUCUCAAGACAAAAUUUUACAGAAGCAUAAUUGUUCUAUGAGUGUACCCACUCAUCUUGGUCCAGCCUUUUGACCCACAAGUUCCUCAUAGAAAAGCUGUUGAUGUAUGGACUGGAUGAGCAGAUAGGUAGACUGAAAACUGAAAUUUUAGGGCCCAGAGAGUGGUGGUCUGAAGAGCAAAGUCUAAUUGGAGACCAGUAGCUAGUGCUGUACCCCCAGGGUCAGAGCUGUGUGCAGUCCUGUUCAACAGCUUCAUUACUGACCUGGGUGAUGGGGCACAGUGUCUCCUCAGCAAGUUUGCUGAUAGGACAGAGCUGGAAGUAAGGGAUGAUAAGCAAGAGGAUCGUACUGCCUUCCAGAGAGACCUCAGCACGCUUGAGAAAUGGCCUGACAGGAGCUACAUGAGCUUCACUCAGGAGAAGUGCCAAGUCCUGCAGCUGGGGAGGAGCUGCACCAGUAUCCGCUGAGGGCCACUCAGAUGGAAAGCAGCUUGGCAGAAAAGGGACUGGAGGUCCUGGUGGGACACCAAGUUGGAGAUGAGCCAGCAACAAGUCCUUUCUGUGAAGAAGGUGAGUGGUUCCUGGUCUGGUUCAAAGUAUUGCCAGCAGGCUGAGUACACAGCACUGGUGAGGCCACACCUGAUACUGCGUCCAGUUCUGGGCUUCUCAGUACCAGAGAUAAUUGUGACAUUCUCGAGAGGGUCCAGUAAAGGGCUGUGAAGAUAAUGAAGGGAUGGGAACUUCUCUCCUAUGAGGAAAGGCUUACAGCUGUUUAGCCUUUAGGAGAAGAGAAGGUGCUGUGGGAAGUCUUACUAAAGUAUUUAAAUAUCUGAUGGGAGGUUGUAAAGAGGACAAAGACUCUUCAGCCAGUGAUAGGACCAGAGGCAGUGGGUAUAAACUGAAACACAGGAGGCUACAUCUGAACAUCAGAGACUGCUCUCUUUUUCUGUGAGAGUUGCCGUGAACUGUUACUGAGACUAUCCUCAGAGAUACUCAGAAGCCAUCUGAACAUGGUCCUGGGCAACUGGCUCUCAGUGGCCCUGCUUGAUCAGGAUCGUUGGAUUAGGUGACCUCUGGAUACUGCUUCCAACCUUGACUUAAAAUAGUAUGUGAAAUGAAUGUAUUUACAUUGCAAUUAGAAUAUUUUAAUACAGAACUCAUCCGGAAGAAGUUUUUCAUUGCAUUUAUGUUUCUGAUGAAGGCUGGGAUUGGCUUUGCCAGUUCUCAGAAUGUAGGCUGUUGCUUAUCUGUAUUUAUCAGAGGGGGUGAGUCACAGUCUUACCUACCAUGAAACAUUUACUCCUACUAUCCAAAAAAGUUUCUUUUGUUGGUUAUGUGUAGGUUAAAUGUGUAUGUCUUCUCAUAUUUCAGGGUUAUUUUCCAGCCCAAACUUCAGCAUAUUAAGAAAAGAUCGAAAUGUUUUAUACCUACAGCAAAUAACUCAAUUAUCAAGCUAUUAUGUGUUUGAAAAUGAGUUUGUUUUAUUCUGAUUGCUGUAUUUGAAGUUCUUGAUCUGCUCUUGAAACUUCUCUAUUUUUUUGUGUCCUGAUUCACUGUGUGAGGGAUUCUGUGUCCUGUUGAUUGUGGAGCUUGGCAGGCCAUGUGAGACAUACUCAAAGGUAUUGUCAGCAUCCUCCUGGCUGAUUCCUCAUGCUUCAUUUACAAAUUCAUACUGCAUACACUCAGGCACCUUUUUAAUUGAGCUUAUUCUGUGACUUUGUCUGAUUUCCCACAGUCAACUGGUAUAGUAACAACAGUGGGCUUCCUCCUAAUGUAUGUGUCCUAGAAUUUUCUCAGUCGCCAAAUAAGCUAAAUCAGUUAAUGUGAACAAGAUGCAGUGGAUGAAAUGUAAAGAAAAGUGAGGAUACAGUCUUGGGGUCAGUGUGUGUGUGACUGUAAUUGUAUACAGAAGGGCAUGUUAACAUGGGGUGGGUAGGGAGGAGCAGGGUAUGAUGAGUACUAUGUGGAAGUCACAGAAGAUGCAAAGGUUUUGUAUUAAAGAGCACUUGCUAAUGAAAUUAAUUAAUAUGAAGGAGAAGCAGCUGAGUGGAUAUGAGUGAAGAUGUGAUUAUAAGAAUGGAGAGACGAGUAGCAAAGGACAGUGGCAAGAUUAGGCAGAAAUACAAAGAUAAGUUUGAGAUGAAACACAAUAUUUUGACAGUAGAAUGAAUAUUUUGCUACAUGUUAAAGUCCCACUAUAAAGGAGCAAAUUUACUUUGACAAGAACAGAAACUUUUCCACAACUUUAUGGCAUAAAGGAAAUUGUGGAAAUCCUGCAGCUUCUCACAAGUGGUGUAGUCUGCCCUCACCACUGCAGCAUUCAGAAAAAAAAAAGAGAAAAUAAAUUUCCAAUAUAUGUAUUUUGAAAUCCUAUUGGACUGUUGAACAAGCAAAUGGCAGUGUAUGAGAUAUCAACAGAGCACUUGAGUGGGCUUUUUUCCCAUAAUUGACAAAAUUGCCUUGCCUUGUACAACUAGAUUUCUUAGCAUGUUAGCAGGUGCAACAGCCAAUAGGUACAGACCUUGGAGAGAUGUUAAUGAUGUUUGAAGACCUGUAGAUAUCAAAAAGAGCAAGUCGGUGCUUUUUUUCAGGCAUUGCAUUUUUAGUUUUGGCCACAAGGAACUGGUGUGGAUAAUGAGCUUUACUGAAAGGUGGCAGUAGCUCUUUGUUCUUAAUUUUGUCUUUAAAGGUAGUUUCAGUGAUUUCAUUGAACUUGCUCCUCUUGUGAUGGAAUUGAAAUGUGUUCCUUCUGUUUGGAGUUUUUAGGAGUUAAUUGUGUCUUCAUGAAAGAGUUUUCCCAGAGUUGUAGCCAACUUCCCACAUUUUCCCAGAACUGGAUCUGCUCCCUUUCAUGAUGACUUUUCCCUUCAAGGACUGCAUCAGUGGUACUGAGUCAGUUGAAAGGGCCUUGGGCUAUAUUCAGAGGCUUUUGUGGGAAGGAACAUGAACUGUAUGGUGUGCUUUCAUUGAAGAAACCUUUCGGGAUUGAGAAGGAAUAGUCAUCCUCAUCAUUCUGUUGGAAGCAGUCAUCUGUUGUAAAUUCUGACUGUGUUUUCCCAGAACUUUGAAGAUGCAGCAGAACUGCAGUAGGAUUACAAGACUGCGUUUCUUCAGGCAGACUGCAAUCGCUGGUAUCUGGUAAUUCUGUAAAUCCAUCAGAAUUUUUCUCAUCAGAACCUCCUUGCAUUUUAUCUCCACAAGCCUGCUUCUCCUGUGGUAUCAAGUCAUCUUGUUGUGUAACAAACAUGAAAUGUUCUUCAGCUGUCUGUUCAGGCAGCAGUUGAAGAGAUGAUUCUUCGCUGGAAUGCAGCAGUGAUGGUUCUUUAACAAUUUCAUUCAAACCAGUAUCAAUGGGAGCAAAAAUAAAGCCAUUGUCCUCA